CGCCAGUGAGAGAAAGUUGGCCGCGGCGAGCGAACGGUCCGCGAGUGGAGCGGCGCGCGCCGCACUGAAACACGCGCUUCGACUACGUCCCGCCACUCUUUGCGCCGCGUUACACCGAAAUGUACUUUUAAUGCGCGAUUUGUAAAUUGACUUAAGUGUUUGAACAUUUGUUAAGAUAGAGACUUGGUAUAUAAAUAUGCAGUGUUACCCGAAAAUGUCUCCGAAGCGCGAGGCCGGCGAGAUGGCGUACGAGGCUGAGCUGGUAAACGCGAGGCGGAUGGAGCGUCUAGAGCUGCCGGCUCCACCAGGCAAGGAGUUCCGGGCACCAGUGCUGCUGCAAGCGCCGGCGCCGCACUCCGUCAUCCAGUGCAUGCGUCCUCCGCCGCCUCCUGCUCCACGCCUACACAAACCCCCUCCCUUCGAGGAGCCCACCAGCUCCAUUCCAGAUUUAGAAUUUGACGGGACCACAGUGCUUUGCCGCGUGUGUGGCGACAAGGCUAGUGGCUUCCACUACGGCGUCCACUCCUGUGAAGGCUGCAAGGUGAAUACCAACUUAAUUUAA